UACUUGUAGCAGUUUGCGGAACUGACAGAGUCAGUAGGAGUUCAGUUUCAAAGAGCAAUUUUAAUUGCUAAAAAUAUUCUGCUAACUGUUACUUUAUGCUUGCGCUCCUAGAUCCUAGCUAUGCAAAGAAUAUCUGUUUUGUCCUGACCCAAGUACUUACCCAGGUUGCACCGCUAAAUGAAACAGCCAGGUACUGGGUGUGGGCUACAGGCAGCAGACACUAGGUAAUAAAUGUCCGCUUCCACCGCUAGAGAGGAAUUUCUUUGAUAUUAUUCAGUGAGAAGCUGUGUUUUAGUGGAUAUUAGUUACGCGGCUCAGUAAUUGUGGAGGAGCAGAAUGCAACGGGCGCACUAGCCACUCGGCUUUUGUACCCAGUUGCACGAGAAGAAAGUCUUCGUAACCACUGUUUGCUACCAGUUUUACUUAUAAUCGAGAGCUAGUGCGUCGGUCGACGGAGCUGAAGGCGGUGGUACCCAAUGUCUGGUUGUUCACGAGAUGCUCUCAAAGAGCACCUGAAGCUAAUCAACGAACAAUUAGCGAACAAGAAAUCUGAGUAUGCAGAGUCUCUGUCUAAACUGAAUGUAAAGUUACAGCAGUACCUAGACGAUAAUGGCCACCUCGGACCUGCAACAGCCACCACCACCACUACCACCACCAGUAACAGUACCAGUGCAACCACCAGUGACACUGGAGCUGAUGAUGGUGUGUCCAAUGCAGGAGGAGAGGAGACGAAUGACAAGAGUCAAAGUGUCACUUCAAAACAAACAUUGAAUGGUGGAGAAACCGAGGAGAAGACGAAGACACCUGCUGCGGACGCCUCAAAGGGUCUUCUUGAGCUUCUGAGCAGGGCAAGAAGGAUGUGUUGGGAUGAAAGUCAUCUCUGCAAAGCGUCACUCACGGAUAUUCAGGAAUGGCUAUCCACACUAACAAAGAAGUUGAAGGCCAACAAGGAUGUUGGAUUUCACUUGCAGGUCUUGACAGAGCUGACACAGCUCCGAGACUGUGCGGGUUGGAAAGUCAAGCCAGGUUUGGUCAUCCAUAGUCAUGACGAGAUAUCCACCAUGUUACCAUCAUCAGCUGCUGCUGCUGCCAAUAAUGGUGAUUGUGAUGAUCACGAUGCGGCUAAGACAACACUCGGCAGGAGACUAUCGAUUGCGUCGGUCGAUUCAUUCUUCGACACUGAGGAAGAGCAUCUCUAUAGACUCUGGAAGGAAGUGUGUCUGCUCUUGGACAACACUCUCAUGUCUGAAUUAGAUGCACUGCUGGAUGCACCCAGUACUGUUCAAACACAGUUCUGUAAUCACAUGAUCCAACUCUACAGUAUCAUUGCCACACCAGAACUAGUCUGGCAUCGCUGGGUACAGGUCCGACAAGCUAGAAUAGCUCAACUUUCAACUGCUGCAGCAGCAACUACACAGCAACGAAUGGAACGCAUCAUCUGCACAUUGGACUAUCUGAUGAAGACAAUUCAUCUUGACUUGACCGUUGCUACCCUGCUUGCGACUAAGCCAGCUCUGGAUAUGCUUGUGAGUAUCCAUGGUGCCGAUGUCAUGAAGGAACUCUCCGCUAUUCUUCAAACUCUAGCAAGUGAAGACGGAGAUACCGCAGCGAACACGCAGCCCAACGCCGCUAACCAUUCCAGCACUGCAGCUACAGCGUCUCCAUUCGUCACAACAUCACAACGUCAAGGCAACUGGGACACUGGAAACUUUCAGACUUUCUGCAAACUGGCAGGACACAUCGAAGGAUAUGUACAGCAGUUACAUCGUCUACUUGAAGAUCACGGACAACAGUUGAAUAGAACCGACGGGUCUAAUGGUCGAGAUUCCAGGAAACCAGCAUCACCACGACCCAAUCUUCAGCGCACCCUGAAUCAACAGUUUGGAAGGCCAGCAAACUUUAUGAACGCGGAAUCUUCUCUGAUCGAAGAAGAUGAAGAUGUCGACAAUCACGUCAUUUCCAUGGCAACUGGGCAGGAAGCUGAGCUGCAGGAAUCAGUUGGCAUGACAACUGCAGCAGGCACAGCAAUGGGAACAUCAGGCAUUGGCGGCGCAACUCUUCGUCAUUCCCGGGAACGUUGGAAAUGGAGUGCAGAGUUGGUGAAACAUGGCGAUAUGCUGGGACAGCUGCUGGCCAGGUCUGUGAAAGAUAGCGGACACAGUUGGCUCAGUCAAGAAGUGGAGCAACUGAAGAAACUUUCCCCAGAUGAGUUAUCUUUCAGUCCGGAUACAGCCUUGAGACCAUCAGCUGAUUGUCUGUCGGCGUCUGCCAUUGCAUUCUUCUCUGAGUGCAAGUCCUAUCUCAAGCUAAGUACUGUUCAGUUGGAGAACACCUUUACAGUCUGGAAGCCAAAGGCAGCAUUUACAGAGCACGUGGACGCAGCAGUUGUUGAAGUCAUGAAACACGUCAAAGAGGUAAUGGAAAGUUCUUCCAAAUCAAGCAGCGCACGCACUCUCUUCUAUUGCUGGAGUCUGUGUGUGUACUGUCAGCAUCAUGUAGAGGAGUUUUUCACCAGUGUCAGCAGCAAGCAAAGCUCACUUCGGAAUCCGUUUCUCUCCAGUAGAAAAUGGUUGGAGAAGACGAGAGCAGUGAUUAGUGAUGCCCUGUACGCCCAUGAGUUGAAACGUCUCUCGAUGAGUCUCCAUGAUGAUGACAGUCAGGAUUGGAAUAACCAGAAAGCUCAUUUCAAGGAUGAGAAGAGUUCCUACCCCAUCAAGCAUUUCUGUCUUGGAGUGUAUAGCUUGCUCUAUCACGUGACAUGCUGUGGCAAAUAUUGUCGAGAAGGCAGACAGAAACUAGUAUUUGAGCUGCUGAGUCAGUUGUUAGAUCAGCUAGCAUCACGCUAUUCCUGUGCCAAGCCAACUAGGAGACGUCUUGAUCUUUUCAGAUCAGACUUGAUCAUGCUGCUGUCAACAGUUGAUGACGUGCUGUGGAAGCUUCUACCUACUGGAGAUCACCAGUAUUCCUCAUCACCAUCAUCUACAGCACCAUCACCAUCAUCAUCACCAUCACCCUCAGCAGCAGCAGCAGCAGCAGCCAUUGAAGUUGCUAUACACAGUAUUCAUCAGUCAUGUAUGACACUGUACUCCACACUGGUUUGUGUCACAUCGCCAAUACAGACCCUUGUUGAUGCUAUGAAAGCAUCUUGUGCCAAUGGAGCAGCGUUCCCUAACCACUCUACAACCACUGCUAAUGAGCACGACCAGUCUCAGGCUGAGGUGGAAAAGGCGACUGCAGUAGAUGUUGAUAAGCCAGCAGCAAGCUCAGUGAAGUGGUUGCUGGAAUUCUGUAGCAACAGUUGUCACCUGGCCACUUGUAUUGGUACACCGAUGUGGUCGUGGAGGCUUCUAUUUGCCAACUGCACUUCGUCCACUGCUGUAUCAAGUGAGAGGAACAUGCUCUUGGCGCUGAGGGCCGGAAACUACCAGCUUGUUCGUCAUCUUCUCCCAUUAGUACUGAGACUGAGCAGCUUAGUGUGUGCUCAGUUUGACAUGUUCCACGGUCUGGUGUGGCCCUUGCACUGUGUGAUGCUCCAUGCUGGCAAAGGUCUGUUCUUGUCAGCGCUCUUCAGACAUGACAAAGAUUCAGUGUAUCAGUAUUUGGCACAGCCUCGUGGAGAAGGGGACAUCAAUCAGGCACCGUGGUGGUUUCAGUGUGUUUUCCGAGAACUUGAUUCAAGAAUCCUGCGGAAAGUACCGGCAGUGUUAGUGGACAUGACCUUCAAGCUGUCUACAGACAAGUUGACCAUUCCUCGUCUUCCGUGUGGCUGUCCUGCAUCACCGGUACAGGAUCUCACUCCUAUGAGAGCAGCUCAAGUCAUGAUCCACGAGUUCAUCAACAGUGCUAGGCUCUCUCCAUUGGUGUCCGUUCUCCUACAUAUCAUAUUGGAACGGCCAUCAAAAGCAGAUCCAUCAAGCCUCUUUCUAGCUGUGAUAGCUCAAGUAAUCACAGUGAAGAUAGCUCAGACAUACAGCUGCUGUAGCAACUCCAAGCCACAUUGUCUACCUACUGCAGAAGUACGAACGCAGCUGACUAGUGCCAUCUGGUCCGUUUUGGGAUUCUCCACGGUUCAUGUGAACUGGACGGCACAAGAACUAGAGCUAAAUCGGCAACUCUGUGACAAUCUCGUCCAUCUAGCAAAAACAAGCACAAGUUCGUCUGUAUGCGGAGUGUCGAUUGAUGCUACUAUCGCAGAGCUUCACUUGCGUUAUCACCCCGAUGAUGCAAUGAAGAAACUACAGACAAGUUUGCUUACUAUCAAAGAUAGUCUUCCAAGGAGCAUUACCAUGGGAUGCUGUUCAUCACUGACUGAAGAUGACCAUGUCCAUUUCGAGAGAAUGCUUGCCAGUCAAAGUCACCCAACUGAGCCUUGUGCUGAGGAGUCAUGUUUCAAUCCUUUGGCUGUCAUAGCCGACUUGGAGAAAUCUACAACGGGAAGUGACAGCUUUGCCUGGCAAGACCACAUGAAGAAUGUCCUUGAGAAUGUUACGGAUACAUUUCUUGUAGAGUUGGUGAAGAACAGAUAUGAGAUCUGGGAUCAAGAAUCAACUAUUUCUUCCGAGAGCAAGCCAAGUGUGCAUGAAUUGCGCUCAAUCCUUGCUGCUACAUCUUGACGUCUCCAUGUCGAUUUUGACAUGUCAACGUCUCGACCAAUUUCAGCUGUGCUCCAUUCUUGCUUGAUCUACAAGUAGAAAUGUUGCCUUAUCUUAUAAUAACAGAGUUGGCUGAUGCCGUCGAGUUUCCGAACUGACAUGCGAUGGAUGAGGGACACAUGCUCUUGAGUUUCGGUGUUUUUUUACUUUCCUAUAAUUAUUGUAAAGGCAUUUCUUACAGAAACCUGAUCUAAACGUGUUCACACUGUUCUAAUCUUGAUCCGUGUCUGUACCAAUAUCUUGGGCCAAUUCUUACUCCUUACAGUCUCAACCUUCAGGAUGAUGGUAUGUUAUUCCCUAGUGCAUACCUCAAAGUAUUUUGUUUUCAGUCCUGCAAACCAAUCAGCAUACUUUAGUGUUCUUCUUUUCACCAUUUUGUUGGUGUGUAUCUUUUCCAUGCAAUUACCAAACCUUACUGAAGAACAUGUAUUAUAUAAUUAUUAUAUGAGCGGUGCCACGAAAAAACCA